AGCGCGAAUUUCACCGACCGGAAGGUCCGCGGUUCGAACCCUCUCUCUCCUCCUUCUCGACUUCCCUUGUCUAGUCUUGGACAACCUGGUAGUAUCCAAGCCUUCGUGCCUCCUUCGUGUGGCCUGGCAGCUAGGCACCGAAAAGAUGCUACAGCUGAGCAAUUUAUCAUGUAUUUGUCCGGUGGAAUCUACAACAGUGGAACGACUCACGAAGAAACGCUCACCAACUUGGCCCGAUGUGUGUCCAUGCAACCUCAGUCGUUGGCCAAACCUGAUUCGAAUGAUCAGCAAGACAAACCAGCCACCAUAAUGCGACAUUUGAGCUAUCCAAACGCUUCCUCACACAAAAUUGUUCCCAUGAACCAAGCAACCCUAGAUUCCACUGGCGUCCAAUCCACAUAUGGUCCCCAGCUUCCAUCAUCCCUCGACCAGCAACCCAAUGUCCCGUCAGCGGAUCAGCUGACGAAUUCCUUGAACCGGCUUCAGGCCUAUUCCGAUCAGCUACAUUCCUUCUUGUCUGGAACAUCGACGGAAAAUCUAAUGGCUGUGCAGACUCGCGGCGCACCUACUAAAUACGGCAAUGCGAUCACGGUUGUUACGGGUAACGCUGCUCGCUCUCCCCUAGGAAUGGCUCCAUCCACCGGGUCAUUUCCGCCCAUUGUGAGCAGUGCUACCCCGGCCUACUCGGCAGGCAGUUCGGCUUGCUAUUACAACCUCCCGGUUCCGUUCGACACCGGAUCUCCAACGGUCCAGCUUGCGAAUACGCCAACCUCAUCCAACAUGACCUUGACUGGAGUGGAAGCAAACCUACUGCAACAACUCACAUCCCACCUUUCUGGUGGGACUUACCGAAAUGAGGCUCCUCCCCCACCUGCGCCUACGUCGGUCUACUCAUUCCAUAUGAAAUUCGCUUACCCACUUACGCACCAACUUGCCCGUGAUAUAAACGAAAGGGGGCGAGAUGGCUCAAGUGGUUGGAGCGCGAAUUUACUAACUGGAAAGUCCGUAGUUCGAACGCGACCUCUGCCACUCAACUUCCCCUGUCUAAGCUUGGGCAACCUUGGCUGUUUCCAGCCCUUGUGCUUCCUUCGGGUGGGGUGGCGGCUAGGCACCGGAAGACUGUACGACCUCUCAAAAUAA